AUGGAUCUUCCUGAAAUUCCUGAGUUCAAGAAAGUGAAUCUCGAAUCAAAAGUGGACGGCGAGCCAUACUUUGUUUCAGAAUUCGUAACGGAAACACACAAUCCAGUGGUCGGCCCCUCCGCCUUGUCACAGGCGCCUCUCAAGAGCAAUCUCAAGAUGGACAUUCCUGAAAUCCCAAAACACGUACCGAAAGGGAAACGGGAUUGGGAACAUGAAUUGGCGCAGUCCAAACUGGAAACGGAAGUAUAUCGAGGAGCCCUGGUCGGUCAGAUUGAGACGACCAAACAGGCGAUGAGCGACGCUGCCAAUCUGAGUCAUGUACUGGUCACUACCAAGACCGCCUUGGAAGAGUCCAUGGCCACCAUGGUCCUAGAGAUUGAAACUCAGACGGAACAAAUCAGGAGUCUCAAGGAGACGGUAACCAUGUCGGAGGAAGAAUUGAAUCUGUGUCACAAAAUGUUGGAUGACCGAGAUGCCCGACUUCAGGAUACCGAAAUUGAAUUGGAGGCACUGGAGAAAGUCCACAGCGAUCUGAUGGAUGCUAGAGAAAUUAGGAUUGAAGAACUGGAGAAGGACUUGGAUAUUUACAAGAAAGUCUUUGGAGAAAUGUUGGACGAGAAAGAUCUCCAGCUUGCCGAGUUGGAAGAGGAACUGCGAGCACUUAAGGAAAUGCAUUCGAAACUUUUGGCAACCAAAAAACAAGAAAAACGGCAAAGUCUUUUGCUGGAGUCUGUGUUUUCCAGAGAAGAGGAGGCGGGCAUUGAUUAUGAAGCCUAUGAAAAGGCCGAACAGGCAUUAGAAGACGAAUAUGGGCCAGUUGGUAUCGACCAAGAAACCCCUCUCGAUUUACUUUUGACAGCGCUGUCCAGCACAGAGAAUGAUAUUGAAGAUUUGAAAACACAAAUCCAAGCCAGUACCAUGUUUAAUUCUACAAUCACAAUGCCUGCGACAACAGAAUAUACCGGUACUACUGCUGAUAGUUCCCAGUUGACGGAAGGCGACGAGACAUCUGAUGCCGCAACGAUUCAGCGACUACAGCAAAAAAUCAGGGAACUAGAACUGAAGAACUACAGGCAAGACCAAACCAUUGACUCAUUGCAGCAACAGGUCGAUAGUACUGACGCAUGGAAACUGAAGGAGUCGGGUGCCGAGGUUCUACUUUGA